GAUUAACUGAGAUCAUGAAGGAUUACAAAGAAAUGGACGAUGGUGAUUAAGACAUGGAAUAAGUACAAAAUUCUGAGAAAAUUUUAAUCUUACCAAGAAGCAAGACCAGUUUCUGGUUUUACAGUAUCUUUUCACCAUGUUGGAGAGCUUGUCUCGGAAAAAACGCUCCUUGCUGUCUCUCUCACUAACCUCUCUGGCCCUGGCGCUCUCUGUGCUGGCCUUCUGCACCUCGUACUGGUGCGAGGGCACACACAAAGUGGUCAAACCUCUCUGUAUGUCGCCUGUCAAAAUGAAGAACUGUGGACAGAACAACAGUCAGCCUUACACAACCGAGGGCCCAACACCGGACCCUAAGAAACCAGACUCCAAUGUGACAAUGUCCCCAAAGCAGAAGGAGGAACUGGCCCGUAUGAGAGCCAAGAAGCUGGCAAAUGCUGUCCACUACAUCUGGGAGACAGGAGAGGACAAAUACAUGCAGCGCUACUUUCACACUGGAUUCUGGCUGUCCUGUGAGAAACACAGUGAUGGAACCGGAGAGAAAUGUCGAAGCUUCAUUGAGCUGACCCCUGGAGAAACACAAGGAGUUCUGUGGCUUUCAGUGAUAUCUGAGUUUGCGUACAUCAGUCUGCUGGCGAUGGGUUUCCUACUCAUGUGGGUGGAAUUGUUGCUGCUGUGUCUAAAUAAGGAAAUGUACGCACUCAAGAUCAAUGCUUUUGCUGCCAUCUGCACCGUCCUGUCUGGUAUGAUGGGAAUGGUGGCACAUAUGAUGUAUACAACAGUAUUCCAGAUGACUGUCAGCAUUGGGCCCAAAGACUGGAGACCUCAGACUUGGGACUACGGCUGGUCAUUUGCUAUGGCAUGGAUCUCCUUUAGUUGUUGCAUGGCAGCAGCCGUAUUCACGCUGAACUCUUACACUAAAACUCUGAUCGAGAUGAAGCACCGUGCCCGAAUCCGUCUUGAGGAGGCCCGCGCCGCCAGCCAUGCUCCACCCUACGAUGAGGUCAUCACAGCUAGUGGCGGGAGCCUCUACUCCGUCAGCCGACUGGUUCAGAACUGCCAGAAAGGGACACUCAUGAAUACCACAUGGCCCCCCAGAGAGAACAUACCUGGUGGGUCUUUGGUGGGGAUGAUGAAUCCACAUGGAUUGGUACUCGUGGGGGGGUGCGGGACGGAGGGGUGUGAGGACUGCGAGAGAGAAAUGGAUGAAAUGGAAGAGGCAUUGGAGAGGGACGAGAGGGAGGGAGAGGAUGAAAUGUGCUGAAAAGCAGUGGAAAGAAAGAACUGCAUCUAAGAGGACAAAAGAGAAGGCCCACCAAAUGAUGAUAUAAUGAAUGAAUUAAUGAAUGAACAUUACAUUUAUAUAGCACUUUUCUGACACUACACUCAAAGCACCUAGAAGACUGCGGUAGACUCUGCUAUCAGUAUUGGAGAGAAAAAACAUUUACAUUUAUGCAUUUGGGAGAUGUUUUUUAUCCAAUGCAUGCUUCAGAAGUUUCAAUUCUUGAAAUUUCAAUUCUGCAAAUUUAUACACUUUGGUGUGAACUGAUUCUUUGAUGCCACAAGUAAAAUGCUGAUAUAUCCUAUUUGACAUCUAUUCCUAAGGAAAUGCUGAUAUGCUGAUAUUCCCACCAGGCUUCUUAACUUGAAAACUUCCUUGGUCAACCAGCUUCACAUGGAAGACUGGUUGUGGAGCCUGGAGAAGCAUUGCUAUUGUUAGUCCACCAGCUAAACCAGAACCAAACCAGUAUAAACCGUCAUGAAAAUUCAAGAUGGUCUAAUAUGGCCUUUUCAGCAGGGAUAUUAGAAAUAAGACAGGUUAUUAGGUUAUUUAGCCUCUAAAAUAUGGUUAAGUCUGCCAAGUCUUUUUUAUGGUAGAUUCCGUGGUAAAAUCUUUUUAUAAUCUUAAAUCUGCA